AUGGACCCUUCAUCUGAUAGCAUCAGAGAUAUUUCGGCAUUCAAUUCAAAAAGUUCCGUAUCAUUGUUUGGUCCUCAGCUACAGAAUCCAGUGCCUGACUCAGGGGACAGUCGAAACCAUGCGUCCAUAUUGCCUCCAUGGUCUCCAGGCCAAGGUCUAUCACCGAGGAAUACUGGCGUUCCUUUAUCCUCGUACACAGUGAAAAGUUUCUAUAACAACCCAGAUGCAUGGACACCACUACAGGUAACCGGCGUACCAGGAAAUCCGUCAUUUAUGGGCUCUCGCGGUGCAUAUAAACAACAGCCAGCUCAUAAUUCUGAUAGGAGAUUAUCAUAUUAUCAGCAUGGACCUUAUACAGAUCCUGAAGUCAAGCCUCGCGCCGGUUCCUCUUCUGAUUCAGGGUAUGGGACCAAGACUUUGACGACGGGGUCUGUGAUCAGUUACACGUGUCCAAUGGAUCCUGUCUCUACGCCGCGACAGGUCAAUGCUCCACUGCAGAGUGGUCAGCCAAUUGAUGCCACUGUGCCUCUAAAUUUUGAACAACGUCAGGAGCUUCCUCCAGCUGGAUCACACCGAGAACCGCUGCCAAGGACAUUCCCAGAAGAAAUAAGAUGCAGCUAUCCAGGUUGUCAGUGGAAAGGAAAAUGUCCCUCUGAUAAGAGAAAACACGAAGCCAGACAUAAAAAGAUGCAUAAGUGCGAUGAACCAUCAUGUUCACGCAAAGAAGGUUUUGGGACUGUGAAUGAUCUCGAAAGGCAUAAGAAAUGCAUCCAUAACAAGGAGCCUGAACGCGGACCGAAGAUAUUGUAUAUGUGUUUUGCACCUAAUUGUCCACGGAGAAAUAAACAGUGGCCGCGACUAGACAAUUUCCGCCAGCAUCUUACCCGGAUGCAUCGUGAUGAAGAUCCUGUACAGCUGUUGAAAAAAUCUGAAGAGUGGUAUCAUCGCUGGAAAGAGAGCCAGGAAGCUUCAAAGUGGCUUGUGGAACCAGCUCCUCUUUCUGAUUUAUCGUGUAAUAAGCCCCAGGGUUUGUCUGCUCUGAUAAGUCUUGACGAAGAGCCCAAGGCCUAUUCCAACAGUGCAUAUCGAGCUCCCUGCACUACGGUUGUUGCGCCGGGUGAAACUAUGAUGACCGAAGAUCUUCUCGGUCCAUCCGAAAGCCUGACUCUGAGCCCCAUAAAGGACAUGAGGCCCUUCGAUAAGCGUAGCGAUCAAGAGUCGCAAUCGGAAAUAGCACAGAAAGACUCGCAGCAAUCCCCUGCAGAGAAACGGCAAGUGGCGCUUCCGGGACUGAAGUCUCUGAACCUGCCCCUCAAUAAAGAUGGCAAGAACUUGCAGUCUAUGUCAUCGAAUAUGAACCGAGGGAGACAUCAUGACAUUGUGGCUGAAGCUGCCUUGAAUGUGGUCGAUGCCAUGACAAGAUUAAUGGAUAGCGGCCAGAGAAGGCAGAGUGAUCAAGAGGCACUCAGAGCUAAGGCAGCUAGUGCUGAGAAAGCUGCUACGCUGCAGGAUAGGAAGAAAGAAAUGCUCCAGAAGAUCUUGUCUGCUGCUUUGGAGCAUCUGGGAGGUCCAGAUACUGGAGCAGAUGGGGGGAUAUGCAAAAGUCCCUCUUCCAUACCGAGUGCCGCGACUGAUACUGAAAGGUCUCUUCAAUGCAAAGUCUGUGGAAAGACGACUCGUCUUCCCUGUGAGCUAAAAAAGCAUAUGAAACGCCAUGAGAGACCAUACGGCUGUACGUUUCCUAAAUGCUACAAGGAAUUCGGCAGCAAAGCAGACUGGAAACGGCAUGAGAACUCACAACAUUUCCACCUGCAAAGUUGGCGCUGUACCCUUCCAGAUAUUGGUGACCAGACACUCGAAUGUGCGCGUCUUUUCUACCGUCAAGAAACAUACGUGCAGCAUCUUACUUCUCUGCACUCCAUCAAGGAUGAAGAGGUCAAGCCUCUACUUCUCAAGAACCGACUCGGUCGAAAUGGCCAAUCGCAAUUCUGGUGCGGAUUCUGCAGGAAGAUCAUCCCGUUGGAACAACAGGGUCUAGAGGCGUGGAAUGAAAGAUUCAAUCAUAUUGACAGUGAACAUUUCAAAUCAGGCGAGAGAAUCGGAUCAUGGGUCUCACCCACCGGUCGUUUAACCAAGGAUCAGGAGAAAGAAGCAGAAAAGCAAGAGAAAGCGAGGAAUAGAGAAGAAACUUAUGAGAUUAGCGAGAACGACAGCAGUAGCAGCAGCAGUGGCUCCAAUUCUGAUCCUGACGAUAUUCCUGAGGAGUCAUCAUCCCACCCAACAACAACAAGAACAAGAAGAGACGGAGCCUCUGAUGAUGCAUAUUCUCAUAACGAAGGAGAAGCAACUGUCACACAGAAAACCAACAACUCUUCUGAAACUCCACACUCGCAAGUUGAACAGACGCAUAACCACAAUCACAGGAAGAGAAAAUCGGCCCUCGUCUCGGACGCAAACGCAAGCAGCAGCUCAACCGUUCCCAGAGUCCCGAGACAAGGACCCUCAACCCAUGCGGCUAAGCUAAAGAAGCUACGAACAGAAAGACAAGAAGCAGCCUCAUCACUCUUCUUCACCAAAUAUUCGCGAUCAGAACAACCUGAUACUGAUAUAAGAAUCUGUGUACGUGAACACUAG